AUGAGUUUCUACAAUAGAUUAGCUCUAGCUUUAGGCUUGAACUUCUUUUUAAGAUCCAUUACUUUCACGCUCACAGUUUACCUGACGCGAAUCCUGCUACCCUCUCAGAGUGGGAUGGGAUUUGUUUACACACUCUAUGUAGAUUUCGUUCUUUUCACAGCCAGGGAUGCGAUACGGAGCGUAUCUUCUCGGACGAAUCUGCGAAAACCAAAGCAUGCUUCCGAGGAUUCACCCUUAUCAGCGCAGGAGGGUUGUAAGAAUCCGGAGAAUAUUCCUAAUACUGAAGAUAGUACUCCUUUCUCAGGAAAGGCGAUACGUGAAGUGGUGAAUCUCUCCUUACUCUCCGUGCCCCUUGCAUUUAUUAUUGUGGUGAUCUUGGAGAUAAGCGUUUCGAUGACUGGGCUGCAUAUACUACCUUCUCUGUGGGCAAAUGCGUGGAAAACUACAUCACAGCCAUUAAUGCAGAGUCAGGUUCAAGGGAGUAAGCUACAUGCCUUUUGGAUGCACUUCAUCGUUCCAAUCUACCCGGAACUCAUAGUGUGGCUUAGUAUUGUAAUUAGGCUCCUCUCCGAACCAUGCGUUGCGCUUGUGCACUCAUUGAACAUGAUACAUGUUGUCGUGAUUGCUGAGUUUUUUUCAAUUACUGGCCGCCAGGUGACCGUCAUUUCCUUAAUUCAUUUCUAUGGCAUGCACUCAUCAUGGGAUACGCGCAUGUUCUUUGCACUUGGGCAGUUGGCUUGCUCAGUGGCAAAUAUUUCUUAUUAUGCAUUAUUAUUAUCUGGAAGGCCUUCCGUAUGGCGCUGGUUGGGCGGAAGCACUUCUAUGGAUCAGCUCCGGGUGGUUUCCUUAUCCAAAGGCGCAUUGCAAACGUGGCGGCAGGCGAUCAUACCCUUCCCUUGGUGUGAUAUCGAGUUCAGAAAAAUUAUCUCAACGUGCUAUGCUGAGCUUCAUCUUCUUGGCUCGUUCUUUGUUGAAACUCUGCUGCGGGUGGUGCUCUCUGGUGGGGAGAGCCUUGCGCUGAGCACGAUGGGGACGGCGAUGGAUCGAGGGAUCUAUCAUCUUAUCAUAAACCUCGGCUCCACGGUUGUACGACUGGUUUUUCAUGUCUGGGAAAGUUCCUGCUUUGUGCGAUGGAGUCAAGAUGUGGCCAGAGGUCAAAUUAACGUAGCGGUGGACCUGCUUUGUGUGAUGACACGCCUUGCGUUCUAUCUCGGCUUUAGUUUUACGUUACUGGUCUCACCGAUGACGCCUUUGAUCCUGAAAACACUCUAUACCAGCCACUGGACCAGCCCUAGUUCCGUGUACGCACUGCAAUGUUACUUCUGUUCCUUGCCUUUAAUAGCCGUACUAGGUCUUUUGGAAUCAUUCCUGCGUGCGGUUGCUUCACCUACUAUUCUAAGUCGUUUCCAGCGCGUAAUGACAACCAGUUCGUUUUUCUACAUACUCUUGUGUUAUGCACUAUUGCGCUACGGAGUCAGUCAAAAUAGCAAACUAGAGGGGAAUGACAACGAUAGCAACGAUUCUAAGGUGGUUGUCUACCUCAUUGCUGCGAAUAUUAUGAAUGCAGUCUACCGUAUCUGCUGUGUGUUAUACUUACUUAUCUGUACUGAUGAAAGACCGAGAGGUGUAUUUCAGAAAGCGGGUGAUGCUCAGUGUGAUUCGUCCUUAUCUUCAUCGGACGGAGGGGAUGUUAAUAGUAAUAGUUUCAAGCCUUCAGGCAUCCACGCAAGAGAUGGCAGGGGGGUCGAGCGUAAAGCCAUUUUAACCAUUAAGACACUAAAGCGGGCGUCGAUUAGUCCUUAUUUGAUGGCUUAUCUUGCCCUGCUGCUGGUUUUUAGCUCCUCAACUACAUUCUCGUUGCUGAAAAUUAUAGCGAUCGGCGUUUUGUAUGUUGUAGGGAUAUUAUACUGGGAUGAUACAGUAUUAUCCUUUCUGUGUGAUACUUUAAGUGCUUUUCGGGUGUUACGGAAAAAAAAGCAUGACUAA